AAGCCAGCCACAAGCCGAGUGACGUUAGUCCGGCGGGUUGCGGGCGAUUUUUUAUGCCGGUAGUAGUUGUGCAGCGCACUUUGUCGGCGCUUACUAAGGGUCUUUCGACCAAAAGCAGCGUGAGAAUAUCCGCAGCCGUAUUGGUCCAACGUCAGAAAGAAGCUCGAGCUUUGCACGUGCGAUCGCCAUCGGCUAGCAGCACUUUCGGGCGCCGUGUUGCAUUCCGUCAGCCGUUCCUGUCAGGAUCCCGUCUUAGCGCGAGCCAAACGAUGUCGGAGUGCAGCAGCCUCGAAAGCAUUCCCGAAGUGAAGCUCGACAACGGACGGUUCAAGUACGUUCUCAUCAAAGUGCACGACAAGACUGACCCCAACCGAAGCAAGCUGCUGGUGCGGGGAUCUGCAUCGGCCACAUACCAUGCGGAUAUUUACGAGAGGGAGAUGAGCAAGAUCGAAAGCAACAGCGACUUCGAGACGGAGUGCUUGGGUGGCGGCAGGAUUAUCCACAAUCCGGACUGCGGCGAGAUCAAGGUGUUCGGAUACUCCCAGGGAUACGGCCAGGCGGAUCACAGCAAGGCCGUGGAAAUACUGAAACGCAACUUCCCGGACUACAAGUCCAUUACGUGGUCGAAUGAGGGAUACCCAAUCAUGUCAGCAUUGAGUGGUGUCCCAGAUGUGACCUUGGAGGUUGGACGUAGCCGGUAUAUACUGUUGAAAGUGUACUUGAAGGAGGACGAAGAAACCUACAAAUACGUCGUCCGUGGCUCUGUUCUAGCUGCUAACCAUACAGAGGUACUGGAGAAGGAGACCGCUGCCUUGAAUGCAGCCAGCCUGGAGUGCGAAUGCCUUGGCGGUGGAUACAUCAUCCACAUCCCAGACACUAAAGAGCUUAAAGUUUAUGGCAACUCCCAAACCUAUGGGCAAGCGGACCAUGCAAAGACAACGGAGAUACUCAAGAAGCAAUACCCAACUUACAGCUCGAUCACUUGGAGCAACGAUGCCAUUGUGUAACAGCACGCGAUUAGGCAAAGGCAGAGCCAACAGAAAACACCACCAAAGAGUUUUGUCGUUUGCACUGUUCCUUCUUAACUUCCAUACACGAGGCAGCUUCUAAGGAGCUGCCUAGGUUGUGAAUGAUCCAACCAAUACAGAGUGGUAAAUAAAGUGAGCUGUGCCUA